CUUGUGGACCACAACUCUCUGGAGACUCAACGGAGAGACAGGUGAUUGUGACUCAGAAAAGAGAAAGGAGCGAGAAAGAGAGAGAGAGAGAUACUCUGCACAGGACAGACAGGUCGAUCUCAGGCAGGUAGACAGGUAGACAGUACUAGACCAUACAUAAACAGCUAGAACAUAGAGACACAAUGCUGCUACAGUCCACUGUUCUGUUUUUACUGGCCUGUGGGCUUUGGAACUCUGCAACAGCUUCAGAGGGGGCAGUCGACUGUUGCCUGACGACGGGUAGCUCUCGCAUCCCGCAGCGCCUUGUGAAGUCCUACGCCGUUCAGACCACGGACAGGGGAUGCCGAAUCGAAGCCACGCUGUUCAUCACACACGCAGGCAAGACACUCUGUGCUCCACCCGCCUCCAGACAGAAAUGGGUGAAGAACAUCCUCAAGAAGCUCAAUAAAAAAGGCAGGAAUGGCAAGAACAGGCGCAGGGGGAAGAACGGCAAAAACGUCAGAGGCUGACUCCUGCAAAGACUGCAUUGAGACCUAUGUUUUGUGUGUGGGUGUGAGUGUGUGUGUGUGUGUGUGUGUGUGUGUGUGUGUGUGUGUGUGCGUGUGUGCGUGUGUGAAGAUCUGGCUCCAAGACCAGAGAGUCUGCCAGUGCCGGGUGAAAGGGGUUAGUGUCUGGUGCCAGCUGAAUAGGUAACUGGAGAUGUCUAUGGUCAUGCCACUCUUGACAUAAAGCACAACUCUCUGAAGACUACCUAAGACACAGCUGAAGCAGUUGAAAAGCUCCUGUGAUGAUAUGUAUCACAUAUAGAAGCAUAACUAUCAUUUGUACAUGCACUACUUUCUCAGAAGAAUAAUGAAUCUAGGAUACUACUGAUUUAAAAAGAUUUUUAAAGCUACUCUUGUUUUAUAUUCUUUGCAUAGCAGGUCAGUUAGCUCAACUGUCCCUUUUUUCAGUUUUCAGUUUAUUCUUUGAUGAAAGUUACUGUGAUGUAUUGGUGUGAAUAUUUUUGUACUGUAAAUAUAUUAAAGGUUUAUUUUUAAUGGA